AUGAAUAGAUUUCUGCAUCAAACGGUAGCGUUCACCUGCCCGAAUAUCUUAAGCCAGGCCUGGAUCGCUCACCCUACUGACUGCCAGAAAUACUACCACUGCCUCACUGACGGCCGAGUCUUCCUGAAAUCCUGCCCUUCAGGUCUUGUCUUCGAGCCCAACAAUAAAAUUUGCAUCUGGGACUCCACUUCGACAUCCUGCAUCGAGAACCAACGUCAGGCUGCUUUGGACAACGCCAUUUCGUCCCAGAUUCCAAUCAUGGCGAAGAAAGCUGCUAUAGAGGACACCAAACGUCCAAGGCCAACUACAAGGAAAGCGACAACUACAACUACCACUACAACGACGACCACAACCACUACGACCACGAUGAGGCCGACAACGACGAUGAAGAAGAGGAUUUUGACGACAGUGAGGGCCUUGCUAUUGAACACCAACUCUAAAAGUACCCCAGUUGUGACAAUGCGACAAAAUGGCAGCUCUGUGACGUCACAGGAAGCACAAGAACGCAAUGACUCUUUCUCCACCGAAACCGUAACCACGGAACAAGGUUUGUCCACGCAGAUGGGAAGUGACGAAAUGUCCAGCGAAAGCAAUGAUGCAACUACGAAUGAGCCAGAAGCGAAACCAUCCACCGAUCUUCUCCAAGACUCUCUGGCCCAGAUACGAGACUCCAGCCUGACACUGUCUAUCAAGGAUAAACCGACACCUAUAGAACUGAUGGCCCCCAGUCUAGCCGCAGGGACACACAGCGUGUACAGACGACAGAUUUCCUCAUCCGAGAAUUCCAUUGAAGACAACAACAGCAACAAGCCACCAUCGAUCCCCAAGGUGGCGUGUUCAUCAGCGUUUGCCUACGUCGUCGACCCCACCAACUGCGACACCUUCUACCACUGCAACAACUGGAGGCCCUUUGAGAAGAGAUGCCCACCUGGUCUGUAUUUCGAUUCUGACAACCUCGUCUGCAACUGGCCUCACAACGUCAACUGCGUGGAAGGGUAUCGCGCUAAGACCUACUUCGCCUUCUCUUACCGUCGGAGACACCGCCCCCAGUCGCAGAAUUUCGUCAUCAAACCCCGAGAACCAAAAACCAUGGCACCCAAGGUGGAUCUGGAGACACAGCCCCCUGUGGAGGAAUUUACCAGCACCACGAUGAUGCCAGAGGUGGAGACAACUCUCGUAGAAGAAACAACAACUCAGGUUGAAGAUACAACAACCGCUACAGGAAGAAUACCUUUCCUUGAGACAGUCGAAAGUGACGUGACGAAGAUGAAGCCAUAUCAGGAGAAUGACAAGACUGAGUCAGUUUUACCAUCUGAGAUAAGCGAGACUUACAAAACGACCCCAGCCAUGGACGAUUUCACCGAGACGCAGAAGGUCCAUUACCGCCAGACGUCCGAGAGACCAACUGAAUCUGUUACCUCUGGUUUGAUUCGAAGCAUCUGGGACGCCAUGACCGGAGGUACGUCAUCACUAAAGACAUCGGCGCCAGACAAUAAAAGUGAUAAUGGUGCUGAUGAUGAUCAACCCGGAUAUCAUUUCACGGCUAACAUUGGCAACAACAACACCGACGUCAACGUCACGGCAAAUGGUCACGACUUCACCGUAUCGCCCAUCCACGACGAUUCGACGAAGUAUUUCGAAUACGAAAGCACACUGAUGAAGAAGAGUGGGUCCACGCCAGUCCGCAAUGAUGCUCCGAUUCCUCAUUCUUACUUCAUUGGCGACAGAUACGCCGAAGACCAGCGAUCAGUCUACGCCAGAGACUACCCCAAUGUUGAGGAUGUAGAAAUUGAGAAGUUCAUGCUGAAGAUUCUUAAUGAUGCCAUCAAGGAGAAACACGUCGAGUCCAGGGAUGUUUCAGAUGCUGAGGAAAACUUGGUGGACGGAAACCUCAAGGAAACCGUUGAUAUCAAGAAAGGGGAGCAGACUCUGGACGAGGCAGACGGAGACAGCUGGCUCCUGAUGAAGGACACGAAGCAAGACUUCAAGGCUACGGGUAAGCUGGUGAAGCCCGGCGAGGAUGAUUAUGAAUCAUCUGGAGAUGCUGAGAAUUUCUAUAGCGAGAAUAGCGAGAGGACACUCACAGGCAUUAUCAUGAAGGACGAGGCAGUGCAUACGAAAAACAACAAGGACACUACACUGAAGAAGGCAGAUUCUGACAAUGUGAUUGCCGUAGAUAGUGCUGACGAUAAAGAGUAUUUGAAGGCAGAAGAUAUUGUCAAUGUAACCAGUCAAGCAAUAGUCACAUCAACUCCAAAUUUAGUAACCGAAGAUGACAACAUCACAAUAGCAAUUGAAAGCAAUAUGACAACAUUGGAUAUGAAUUUAGUGACCACAGUUGUUACUGCUGAAAUAACCAAUUCAACAAUGGAACCAGAAGUUACAACCACCACUCUUCAACCAGCAGUCAGUAACAAAACAGACAAUUCAUUGACAAACUCUACAGAAGUAGACAGUUUGUCAACCAACUCAACUGAAUUAGACAAUUCAUCAACCAACUCAACAGAAUUAGACAAUCCAUCAACCAACUCUACAAAAUUAGAUAAUUCAUCAACCAACUCUACAGAAUUAGACAAUUCAUCGAUUACCUCUACAGAGAUAGAUGAUUCGUCAAGCAGUUCUACAGAAUUAAAGGAUUCCUCAACCAACUCUACAGAAUUAGAUGUACCUACAAAAUAUGUUGCUAAUGAUGAAGGAAUAUCUAAUGGAGAUGUGGUGGAUGAAAACGUCACCAAUGUCACAGACAAUCAAGACGCUGCUUCAACAAAUUCUUCCAGUUCUUCUGAAACUGAUCAAGUAGAUGCAUCUAAUGAUACCAGCAGUACAGAUAGUGUUGAUGCUUCCGAGACUGUGACAGAAACAAGUGUUGAAACAACAGACGAAACGCCAAAGAAUGAAACACAAACAUUGAAAAAUGAAACAGAAAUACAAACUAAUGAAAAGGAAACACCAAAAAAUGAAACAGAAACAGCAAAAAAUGAAACGGAAAUACAAAAGAAGGAAAUGGAAGCACAGAAGAAUGAAACGGAAGUCUUUCAAGACGAAAGUGUAGCUACAGUAAACGCCACCACUUGUCAAGAGUGA